GUGGGGGACGGAAGCCGAGCCUGGCCGGCCGCGCUGAGCUCCAUGUCCCCUCUCGGCUUGCCUCCCGCCGCCUGCCAUGGCCGCCCCCGGCCGCGACCCCUUCCACGCGGGCAGCGCGGACGAGGCGGACGAGGCGGUGCGCGGCACCUGCGAGGACGCCUCCAUCUGCAAGCGAUUUGCUGUCAGUGUCGGCUACUGGAAGGACCCCUACAUCCAGUAUUUUGUGAGACAGGCAAAAGAAAGGAAAGCACCUGAAAUCAAUAGAGGGUACUACGCUCGUGUCCAUGGGAUCAGUCACCUGCUCAAGGCUUUUUUAAAGAAGACAGAAUGUAAUUGCCAAGUCAUAAACCUUGGUGCUGGUAUGGACACCAUGUUCUGGAGGCUGAAGGAUGAAAAUCUUCUUCCUAGAAAAUAUUUUGAAGUGGAUUUCCCAACAAUAGUUACAAGAAAAAUAUAUAACAUCAAAUCAAAACCUCCCCUGUCAAAGCCAAUUAUGGAAUCCCAUUCAGGGGAGUCUCUCUUAAUAGAUGCUCACAGCCUAGAUUCCUGUCGAUAUUCUAUCAUUGGAGCAGAUCUCAGAAGCUCAUCUGAGCUGGAGGAAAAACUAAAGAAAUUUAACAUGGAUACACAAUUGCCAACGCUUCUGAUCACAGAGUGUGUGCUGGUUUAUAUGACGCCACAGCAGUCUGCAAGUCUUCUGAAGUGGGCUGCAAGCACUUUUCAGACGGCCAUGUUCAUAAACUAUGAGCAGGUGAACAUGGCUGAUCGGUUUGGACAGAUUAUGAUUGAGAACUUGCAGAGAAGGCAGUGCAACCUGGCUGGCGUGGAAGUCUGCUGGUCCUUAGAGUCUCAGAAGGAGCGAUUGUUGUUAAAUGGCUGGGAAGCGGCAAACGCCAUUGACAUGAUGAAAGUCUACAGCUCUCUGCCACAGGCUGAUGUCAAAAGAAUAGAGGGGCUUGAAUUCCUAGAUGAAAAGGAGCUGCUUGAGCAGCUAAUGCAGCACUACUGCAUCUCCUGGGCUACAAAAGACAGCUGUAACCUGGGUCUUGAAACCAUCACAUUUUAAUGUACUCGCUUCGAGGGAACCCCAGGCCCCACGUCGAAGCUGACGCCUGCUGCUGGAGUCGAGCUCCCACAAGUGAUGGGACUGUGCACGUGCAAGCUCCAGCCUGCCCACCCUCCGCCCAGUGCCAGUGGAAAGAGAGUGACCAGUGCAGUGGUGCUGAUGAUGACCCUUUCUUGUUGGCUUGUCGUUGUUUUAAUAAAUCUCUGUUGUCCUUUGCGAGCGGUUUUGUUCUGAUGCAAGAUUCGUCUCUUCUCAGGGACGUGGCAUUGGACUGCUUUUGGUGGGGGUGGGAGGGGUUUCCCAUGUCAGUAACUCCUGUUUAAAACCCCCGUGCCCUUCGAGAGAGCAGUUGUGUUUUGUUUCUCCUCUCUUGUCCCUUGGCAUGUGUGUGAAAUGCAUUUGUGAAGAGCAGACGGGAUAUGUCGUGCCUGUGGCCUGCAUUAAAGGGUAUUUUGUUGCAUUGCUUACAGCUGAUCAUGGAGGCUGGGGUUUUCUUUCUGUCCCGACGUAUUUAUUUUUCUUUAUGGCACAUUGGCUUCUCACCGUUCCUUAGGCUCGCUCGAGCUCGGUGGCCGACCCUAAGCUCGGUUUCUGCCCCUGCCCUCUGACUCUUGCUCAAUGUGCAGGAGAUUUGGUUGUAAUCCAAUAGGAUGUUGAACUUGGAAGGGCUGGGCUCGCCUUGCCUUGCCUUGCCAGCCUGGAUGGCUAAGGUGAGGAAUGAAGCCUUGUCUGGUUCUCACUGCUUCCACCCGUGUCUUCGCGCCGAUCUCGCAGCACCCUCCCCUCAUGCUGUUCUGCCUGAAGCUGAGUUUUGCAAUUGUUCUACAAGAGGGCAAUAAAUGUUUAGUAUGUA